CCCAAUUCAAAAUCAGUCCGCGCUUCUGUUCAUCGUCAGAUCACCUCCUGGCUCUCUCUGUCUCUUGAACUGGAGGGUUCGAUUCAUGGCGAGAAAUCCCUGAAAAUGGCGACGGUGGAGAAGCUGAUUGUGCAGAUUUUCGAGAGAAAGAAGUGGAUCGUCGAGCAGGUGAAGCACCAGACCCUUCUCUACGACCAACACCUCGCAUCCAAAUGUCUUAUCGAUGGAAUUGCCCCUCCUCCCUGGCUUUGGUCGUCUUCGUUUCAGCCCCAGACCUCAGAUCCUAGUGAGUUGAAGAAAGAGGAGCUUAUCUCUGGCCUCUUGCUCCCGCUUUCACACCCCACAGCUCAUUACACCAGUAGCCGAUGCUCGCUAUAUGAAACACCCGCUGUUACUGCUGAUAAUGGGGGCUCUUGUAUGGAAGUUCCUGUUUUCAGGGAAGGUUUUGAUGCCAGAGAUGGGUUGUCUGUUUUGGCCCAGAUUCCUGACGUUGAUGCUGGAUGUGCCUCUAGUGGUGCUCCUGAUCGGGACCCUAGUGUUACAUCUCCUGAAGAAUUUAGAGACUCAAGAAUCUCAGGCAAUUACAAUGAGGUAGCACUAUCGUUGGCAAGGCUUCAGAGAUCCAAGUCAAGGCAAAGGGCUCUAGAGAUUCGGAAUAGUGCACGGGCAAUUAAAUCCAAUCGUUUUGAUGAGAGAGAUGUUGGCUCUUUUGCUUGUCGACUUGAUGAGUUAGAGCUGGUAAAAUCUGCAGAUGUUGACUUUGGAAGUCAUGCACUAGAGGAAGCAAGUCAAUAUAAUGAGGAUAUUAUUGGUGCUCAUGACAGUCAAAUUGUACUGCACUACAACCAUCUUGAUGAGUCUGAGCCUGCGAAUCCUGUUGAUGGAGAGAAUGACCAUUGUGCUGUAGAAGAAGCAAAAGUAUGCCAAAAUGAUGAGAAUAAUUUUGGUGCCCCUAACUGUAAACUUUCACUACAGAAUAACCAUGAUGCCUCAGAGCUGAAAAAAUCUAUUAAUACAGGUGAUGAAUGUUGCUGGGCAGAUGAAGCAAAAGCAGGUCCACAUGAUGAGAAUGGUUUUGGUGCUGGUGCUAGUGGAAUUACUCCUAGGUCUGAUGAUGUUGAGGAGUCAGAGUUCGUCAAACCUGCUGAUGGUUUUAUUGAACAUCGUAGAACAGAAGAAGUAAAAGUUGGUGAACAUGAUAAGAAUAACAUUGCUGUGCAGGCUGGUCAGAGUAUGAUAGAACUUGAGUAUGUUAGUAUAUUUGAGGCGACCAAACCUGUUGAUGUAAGUAGAGAAAUUUAUGCUGGCAGAGGAAAAAGAAAGGAAAGUGGUGGGGAUAUAUACUCUGCUAGAGUUACAAGAUCGAGAAAUUCUGGCCAAAAUCCCAGAACUGCAAAAGAACCAAUAGAUGCAGGUAAAUCUUCUGGUACCAUCAAGACGUAUGAAAGUGAACUUAUGGAGUCCUUUGGUAAGUCAGCACAACAGCCAGACCAUGCAGGCGAGUUGACAGACAUGGUCAAGCCUUCUAUUUUAACUAAUGAAAGCUUUGGAGCAAGGAAAAUGAAAGUGAGUGAUUGCGGGGCCAGGGGAAAGGAAAGCAAUGUCUAUGGUGGGAGAAUAAUGAGAUCCAGAAGUUCCAUGGAACAUUCUAACCACAUGAAUGAAUUUUAUAGGUUGGAUGGAUCUUCUGAUGACUAUAAGGAAGAUGAUAUUCAGAAAUCAAUACGAAAACCCUGCCAAUAUGAAAUGCUACCGAUGGCUAAACCUUUUAAUGUGGUUGAUGGUACCUGUGGUAGGGUGACAAGAUCUAGGAGCUCUUUUCAGUCACUUAAUAGCGUUGAUGGAUUUCCAAAAUUGGAUAGCUCUUCCCACAUAGCAAAGGAUGAUCGAAAUAUGCUAGCAUUGUCCUUAAGUAAGCCAGUCCAAUCAUUUCAAGCAUUAAACUGUAUUGGAGGAGGAUUGGAUAUUCAGGAAGUGUCCAGCAGCCAAGUAAAUGUCUUGCCUUAUCUUGAUGUCAGUGACAUUGUUGACCAGGAAAAUUGUGAUGUAAUUCUUGGAGGAACAGACAUUGAUUCUGAUGAACUAGUAGAGGUUAAUUUAGUGAGUUCUGGGUCUAAUCCGCAUGGUUCUAGCAUUGCAGUUGAGUUGGAUGUUCUAGGCUCAAGGCCACCGUCUGAAGCUAUGUCAAUGAAACCGAAGCAACUUGAUUUUGAUGAUGAGGAAGAGUACAGUUUGAAUGGAACUUCAUGCCCUGCUAUGAAAAGGCAAAAGCUGAGUACGUCACGGGACAAAAUUCUUGUUGCCUUGUUGCAUUCUGCUGAUCUACCAGAAAAAGUAGCCUCUGCUAGUCACCAAGAAAAGAAAUAUGAUCAAUCUAUGCCUAUGUCAUUGCUCGAGGAGCAACAUGUUUUCUGCAACAAAGACAAGGUUCCACGCUGUUCAACUGAAGUCCAUGAAGAGUAUGUUGAGAAUGCUUCUGGACUGCAAACCAGGGGGAGAUGUACUAGCAAUGACAACAAUUCAUUCUGUCCCAGAUCAAAUGAACAUCAAUUUCCAACAAACUCUAUCCAUGCCGAGCAUUCUUGGACUCAGAAUAAGCGAAGAAGAUUAGACGGUCAACUAAGUCUCAGACCGGCAGCUUCACUGAGCUUGAGGGUUGAUGAUGUCUUGCAAUCAAAUGUCAGUGAGAGCCUAAUAUGUGAAAUGAACCAGAAUGUGGAAUGCCACCAGUCUGAAGGAGCUGAAUCUUCAUAUCAGCGGCAAGUUGAGAAGGAUGAACAUGGAUUGCAAGAGAAGGAUGAAAGUCUGCUUGCCUCAUUCACUUUGAUGCAUGAAAAACUAGGACAGUCUUUGGUCUCAGGCUCGACUAAACUGCCCAAUGGAUAUUCCGAAGAUAGUUUGUUGAAGGUUACAAAAGGGGCAGAUCCCACUGGUGUUCUUUCUGAUGCAAUAAGGGAGCCCAAAAGUGAAGAUAGCCAAUUACUGUUGCAUGUUGAAGACAAACUUGAUCUUGAAAAUAAUGAAAAUGACAUUGCUUCCAAAAAUUCCAUGGAAGAGAGAGAAAUCCUACUACCUGGAAAUGGCAAGUCCUUGUCUAAUGCAGUUGAUUCUUCAUGUAGAAAAUCUGUUGAUCUGAUUGGUACUGAUCACAUAAUGCCCGAAUUUGAGGGAUUUAUUGUGCAAACAUUUGACGAAGAAUCAUCCAUUGCUGGUGACGGAAUUAGCAUUGACAAACUGGACCUUCCAACGACAACAUUAGAACGUGUUAGUAUUCUAGAACGGCUAUGCAAAUCUGCUUGCUUGCAUACCUCAUUAUCCGAAUUCUCGGCUCCUUGCAAAUUGAAUAGACAGACAAAUUUAACCUAUUCCAUUCCUAAUGGCCUUCUUGAGGGCAUGGACCUGCGGAGCACUUUUUCUAUCGAUGGUCAUACUAGUAAGCAAGUAGAAGCUAGCUACAGUUGCAUGAACAAGGAUGCCAACCAGACUGAUCAUGGAGCGUCACAUUCUAAUUACUUACCAUUCUCUGGUGCCCAAUCUGCUUGGGAUAUUAGGAGACCUUAUUCAUCCCCAGUGGCGAAGCGUUGGAAUGGAAUCACGCCCAAGUCUGGCAGUUCAGAGAAGCGAGGCAGCUUAAACAUAGAGCUUCCUUGCAUUAGUGAAGAAAAUGAGAAUGUAAAUGAGGUGGCUGAUCCCUCAGAAGAAGCUUUUCUAGCAGAAGUUGCUAACACUUCAGUCAGAAGAGAACCACUUGCUGACAUUACAGAAAAUUUAAACGCUCCUGCUGCUGUUUCUGAAGCUGAGAUCUUCUCGGAUAGAUGUAGACUAGAUUCUGGCCACGCAUUCAGUUUCACGGGGACUUUUAACAAGGCAAAACAAAAACUUGGAAAUCAUGACAGCAGUAAGAGAAUGUAUGGAAAUAACGCAAAGGAGAACCGGAAUAUUGUCAUUGGCACAAAUGGUCUUAGGAGGGCCACUGAAUCACUAAACAAGGGGUUCAGCAAGCCAAAAUUAUCUGGACAAACCAGUUUGGGAAAAGGAGGCCUGAGUUUCUCCAAGAAAGACUCCAAGCGUAAUAACAUCGUUUCCAAUAUCACUUCCUUUAUUCCACUUGUGCAACAGAAGCAACCAGCUGGAAUUAUAGCAGGAAAGAGGAAUGUCAAAGUGAAGGCCCUGGAGGCUGCUGAGGGUGCAAAACGGCUUGCUGAAAAGAAAGAGAAUGAACGUAGAAUGAAGAAGGAGGCCGUAAAGCUUGAACGAGCAAAGGUGGAGCAAGAAAACUUGAGGCAGUUGGAUCUGCAGAAGAAAAUGAAAGAAGAGGAACGGAAGAAAAAAGAGGAUGAUAUGGUAGCAAGAAAACGACAAAGAGAAGAAGACAAAAUGAAGGAGAAGGAAAGAAAAAGGAGGCGAGCUGAGGAAGCACAGAGGCAGCAGCGAGAACGUGCGGAAAACUUACGUGCCAAGAAAGAGGAGAAACAAAAGAAAUUUGAAGACAAAGAUGAAAGGGCUUCCUACAAGAAGAAAUCUGACGACGACUCAAGAAAGCUUGAGAAGAGAGAAGUACAUGCCCAUGACAAUUUUGAGAAUGUUUCCCAUGCUGAACCAAGGAAUGCCAGGACUACAACGAGUAAUGCAAGAAAAGCAAGCAUUGUCCUUGAAGAAUGCGAGUCAACAAGUGGACAUGGCUAUGAUGUGAAGGUAUUAAAUGACAUUGGCAAUAUAGCAGAAAAUGACAAGUCGAUUACCAGAUUAAGUUAUGAAGAAUCAUAUGAUAUCUCCCCGUACAAAGGUUCAGAUGAUGAAGACGAGGAAGAUGAGGACUUGCCGAACGGUAAAUUCAUUCCUUCAUGGGCCAGUAAACACAGCGUGGCUUUGGCUGUUUCUUCCCAACAAAGAGUAGACCCAGCAGAAAUAUUCCCCAUGGAAAGUUUUUGCAAUAUUGCUGAAGUUUUGUUGCCUCGGAAGUGUCAGCUAAGAUAAGGGGCAUUUCAGUUGAGUUCAACCUUGUCAAAUUUCGAAGUUCCUGUGGUUGUUCAGCAGGUUGGGGACGAGCUUUUGUAUGUAAAGAGGUUUCUAUGGAACAAAAAUGAGAGGAGUUCACGAGCAGGUGACUCCUCAUAAUGUAUUCUGAAGAUCACAGAACCUCAAUGAUGCAUAUACUUAUUUUGCUAUUGCCUCAGGCCUCGGCUAGAUUUUCUUUUCCAAACUAAACAUAUAGUUACCAAAUUCCAAUUGUAGCUAUAAUUUUAAGAGGUCCAUGGAACUCCAAGUAGUCUUCAAGCAUUAUCUUAGUUCUAUAAAGAAUAACCUGAUGCAGCUUUCUCCCUUGUAGCUUCCAGCAAUGCUUAGACCCACUGGAGGCUGAAGCAAGUCUCUCUGAUAGUUCUGUAUCCGACCCUAUGCAUUCGUAAGCAAAAGGGAAACAUGAGUUCAUGCAGGUUGACUUAAAUUGUUCUUUGUUAAUUCUUAAUCUUCUUGAAGUGAAGUUUUUUUGAACUUUUCGAGUCAGCCGGAAAGCAGGGAAAUAUAUGAACUUUCUUCUUGCUU